AUGUCAAACAAUAAUGAUAAUGAUGAAUUUGAAAGAGUCUUUGUUUAUGACGAACAUAAAUGGUAUAAUCGACUUAAAGGGAAAACUUACUAUAGAGUAUUUGGAAAUUGGGAAUGUAAUGAUUGUGGAAAUUUAUGGCCUUCUGCAUAUACGUGGAUUUCUUUCAAGAAGUUUUUAGAAGGUGUUGAUGCUAACCUAUUGGUGAAUUCAAAAUUGCGAAUGUAUCAAAGAUGUUCAGGGUGUCUAAGUGAUCAUAGUGCGAGGCUUUUAAACUAUUAUCAAUUAGGAGAGAGAGGUUCUGGACCACGAGGAAUGCGUGGAAUUUCUGGAGGUCAUAGAAGAGAUUUAUGUGAGAAGUGCUGCACAACCCAGGAAUAUUGUGUAUAA